GUCGUAUUUCUCCAGUAAGCCGAGCCCCUUUGAAUUACCACACAUUCUCUUCUGUCUCCGCAUACUAUCACCACUGAGGGGCGAGUCGCAUCGUCAACCCCUCUCACAUCGCCACCCCCCAGAUUCGCCUUGAUCAGUUGAAACUCCGUCACUGAGAUCAAUGAGUCUCGCAAUGCCUCUCAGUGGGAUGACAGACGCCGUGAAACAACAUGCAGGCAGAAUACGGGGUCGGAUUUGCGAGAAUGUUGACGAACAGGACUUCGUUCCGAACGACGCAAUCAGCGAACUUGCUUCUCCAGAGUAUGUCCGACAUAUCCUUAAAGCCAACCCACAGUAUUUGCCGCAAGGCGUCUCGGUCAAAGACUUGGUGGACUAUGUUGUCGACCAGAACAGGCCAGCCAAGAAGGUUUUCCUGAUUUUGGUUUAUUGUGAUCUCUUGAGGUACCUCGGUUGUUUGCGUGUAGUCGGCUUCUGCGAUCGCCAUCUGCCGAUUGAAACCUCGUGGGACGGACAACGAGAAUGGUACAAUGUACGCACUGGGCAUGGGCAGCACAAAACCUGGCCAUCUUUCAACACGUGGUUGGCGGGUCAGGUCGAGUCUUUCAAAAGCAAACAAUGGGUUUUCAUGGCACCGGUAUUUGCUACCGACACCUUCGACUACAUCAUCCCGAGGAAGUGCCCGCUUCCGAUCCAAAAAAGGACUGAUCACUCGAAACGGGGCUACUCUGGCUCAGUCUUUGAAGUGAGGAUCCAUGAAGCCCAUCUACAGAUCAAACUCAAGGGCACAUGCAAGCGAAUUGCUUCGAAAGAGAUGCAUAUCAACAUGCAGGAGUACUAUAUGAAAGAAGCCGAAUCUCUCCGUAUAAUUCGAGAUUUGGACCACAAUCAUUUGAUCCAACCAUUGGCCGCCUACACCAAGGGUGAGCUCCAAGGAUUCUUGUUUCCGUGGGCUGAAGGUGGAAACUUGAAAGAGUUCUGGGGAAGCGAAAGGAGGCUGGCUGCAGCAGACCCAAGACUUAUGAGAUGGGUUCUGUAUCAGCUUUGCGGGCUUUGUGAAGCCACCAGAGAACUUCAUAAGAAGAACUGCCGCCAUACAGACCUGAAGCCUGAGAACAUCCUGUUGUUCCGUGAAGGUGGACAGCCAGGAACCUUGCGAAUCGCCGAUGUCGGCCUUGCCAGAAUACACGACGAUGAAACCCGGCAACGCCAGGCGAUUACCAAGGCAAAGACUGGCAGCGUGCGAUAUGAGCCCCCUGAGUUGGGGCGAGUAAAGCAACUCUCUCGCGUCUUCGACGUCUGGUGUCUUGGUUGUGUCUUCCUCGAGUUUCUGAUCUGGACGGUCUAUGGCUGGAGCAAGCUGAACGAUUUUUCCAGGGAGACGACGCGAUUCUGGGAGCAUUCAGCCGAUGGCCAACUCCAGCAAGACCAACAGGUGAAGAGACUAAUCACAGACAUGUUCAGCGAUCUAAACAGUGGCAAUACCGGGUCCCAAAGUGCGUUGAAAGAUUGUUUGGCAUUGGUGACUGGGAGGAUGCUAGUGCCAGACCCGAACGAGCGGGCAGAAGUCGCAUCUGUCCAUUCCGAACUGGAAAGGAUCUGUGAUUUGGGAAAUAGGGAGGAACGCUACCUUCUGAACAGAAGCCUAACCAUCCCGGAAUCAACAAACGUCAAUAGCCCUGGCACUGUCAGUCUGAACACAGGAAAGCUUGAGAUUCCUGUGACGUCGGUGCAUGCACAAGAAGUGAGUGGCACAAUAUCCAAUUAUUCUAGUGCAGGGGCUAAUCAGAAAUCGUUUAGUAUGUUGGUCAUCAUAUCUUAUCGUGGAAAUGCUUCAGAGGCUGAUGUGAUCAUCAGAAUGUUGUGACCCUCCAGCCCAGUUCCAUGCGUGCAAUCCACUUU